AAUUAGUCCGGUGUCAGCCGCGCGCGAUGGUAGUUUACGAAACAAAGCGAGAAAUCUCAGUCGCGUCGUCCCGCGAGUCGAUCGCUUCCGGACGAAUCGCGAUCUGAUCGACAAACGAUCAAGAUUUCCGCCGAGUCGGGGCCUGCGACGCGUAGAUCAUUCCGCGCCUCUCUCCGUUCUCUCAAUCGGCGGCCGCGAGUCGUGCAGAGUCAUCGCGUCUCGAUGCGCCGCGGAAAAGUGACGUCUAGACCGGCCGCCUAACCGAGGAAAAGUGCUCGGGCUCGGACAAACGGGCCGCGGCGACGUUGCAAGAUGUCCGUGAGCUCGCCGCGUUUCGGGCGGCCGCCGUGAAAUUAACAUCGGGUCGCGCUACGCCGAGCGCGAGUCGCACUCUCCUCGGCGCCCGUCCCCCCGUCGCGGCAGUCCCGCCUCGUUCCCUCGGCGAGCCGCCGCGAUGAGAACUGAUCCCGCCUCGGCUUUGGCGCGUCUCCUAUCGGCCGAACGCGAUAUCCGCACGCCUCGCGAGGGAGCGCCGACCGCGACGUCUCGCUCCGGUCUGAGAUGCCUCUAGUCCGCGCAGGGGCAACCUAGUGGCCCACCGCCGUCGAGUCCGCCGCGGAAAAGCGAGGACAGAGAAGCAGAAACAAGUAACCGUGAUAGCACGGACAGUGGUAACAAAGUCUCCGAGGAAGAGAGCUUGAAAAGGUAGCGAUGGAGAGUUCUGAGGAACUGACAAGCCUACAGUCGAUUUGUUAUCUCAGAGCAUCAGAGCUCUUUCCCAAGCAUACCCAUUUUGAGUGUGAAGAUCCUUCGCUAACGGUCCCCUUCACACCUCUCAGUGGAGAAUCGGUCGUCGCUCUAGGGCGUACCUCUGAUGGCAUACUUGCGCUCUCCAAUUAUCGACUCUACCUGCAGCUCAAUCAAGCAUGUUACAACAUCCCGUUGGGUCUGAUUGAACAGUUGGAAGUUAAGGAGAUUUUUUUCUUGCACAUUGGAUGCAAAGAUGCUCGGUCGUUAAGCUGUGCAUUUUCAACAAAUGAACAUUGCUUAGAGUGGUACAAAAGAUUACACAGAGUGACCUACCCCCGAAAGAAUAUAGAAGACAUAUUCGCGUUUGCAUAUUAUGCAUGGUCCGUCGAAGAGGGCAAAGACUGUCCCAGACUUGGGAAGGAUACUGCUUCCUAUACUUCCACCUUCAAUUCAGAGGUGGAACGACUGAAGUUUAACUUACACGAUACAUGGCGAAUCAGUCAGAUAAACAAGGAUUAUCGAAUGUGUCCAUCUUAUCCACCGCAGCUUUUGGUUCCUGCAUGCAUUACGGAUAAAAUUCUCGAUACAGCUUCUAAAUUUAGGAGUUCAAGAAGAAUCCCUGUCGUCGUGUGGAGGCAUGUCAACAAUGGAGCAGUAAUUGCACGCAGUAGUCAACCCGAAGUAGGUUGGCUCCAUUGGAGGAGUGCAGAGGAUGAAAAACUUCUCAGAGCCCUCUCGAAUGCCUGUUUCUACGACAGAGGAGAAUCUACCAUAAUCGAUUCACCUGUCAAUUACUCCGAUGUAAGGAAACAUCUGGUCUCCCUGCACAGUACCAAAAAGCUGCUGAUUGUGGACGCCAGGUCGUACACCACGGCCGUGGCGAACCGAGCGCGUGGCGGGGGCUGCGAAUGCCGCGAGUAUUAUCCGACCUGCGACAUACAAUUUAUGAACCUUCCGAACAUACACUCGAUACGAAAGAGUUUCCACGCGGUGAGGCAGCUCUACGCGUCCGACACCGACCAAUUGAACUGGCUGAGCUUGUUGGAAGGCACACGAUGGUUGCAACACAUGUCCGCCCUGUUGCGAGCGGCUGUUACGGUAGCGCAGGCGAUAGAGAAGGACGGGAGACCGGUGCUGGUGCAUUGCAGCGAUGGAUGGGACAGGACUCCCCAGAUCGUUGCUCUAGCUCAGUUACUGCUAGAUCCUUAUUAUCGCACCAUGGAGGGAUUUCAAGUACUCUGCGAGAGGGAGUGGCUAGACUUUGGGCACAAAUUCGCGGAUCGGUGCGGCCAGACCGUAGGCUGCGAAGAUCCCAACGAACGCUGUCCUGUGUUUCUACAGUGGCUGGACUGCGUGCACCAGCUGAUCAAGCAGUUCCCAAGCAGCUUUCAAAUGUCCGCCGCGUAUUUUGUGAAACUGGCGCAGCACACGUACUCCCAGCUCUUCGGCACAUUCCUAUGCAACACCAGGCAGGAACGACUGCAGCUGCGGAUACGUGAUCGCACCUUCUCGGUAUGGCGGUUCCUGAACUCCAGCUCGUUCGUUAAUCACCUUUACUCGCCGUCAAAGGACAGGGUUCUGUGGCCCAGUUAUAACGUCCGAGACCUAGUGGAGUGGCCUAAAGUGCACUUAGGGGCCCUGGAAACGACUCUGGGCAUUGACAAGCAGAGAGUUACCCUGAUAGAUAUCGACGGAGCGGAGAACGAGGAGCCCCAAGGACAAAUGACCAAAACUCGAUCGUACGACGACCUCAUACAUGCGCAGAACCACGUGGCAAUUCAACACCGCCGAUUGAGCGACUCCAACAUACCCGUGGAAAAGAAAUUCGACUGGCUGAAUUUCGAGGGUGACAUGGAGAAAGUCGGGAACAACGUAGAUGAGAGCGAGGCGAGGUCGGCGGACGAGAGCUCGCCGGAAACCGACGUCUACGUGAAGAAUCUUUACAAGGCCAGCAUGGUGAACGAAUUGCCUGCCAAUCCGUCCGUUGACAGUUCAACCGAUACCCUGAUCCCGAACAACGAUCAAGCGGUUGGGAUCACGAACGGAGAGAAGGAAGGAUCGCAAGACACGUCGCCGCAGGAUAUCACCCCGUGGACCGAGACUGGAACUUCCGGUCGUGGCAACUGCACCUGCAACCGGACGCAUCACGAAGGCAGCGACGUCAGCGAGAAUAGCGUACCAUUGGUCUCGCGAAUACCCAGCAGCAUUUGUCCAGCAUUCCAGGUACACCAGGACGUCGUGCUGGAGAACCCAGACAGGCUGGACGACGUGGAUGGCCUCCCGGUGAUCAACUGCAACGUCCAGUCGCGCGUGCAGCAAAUCAUUGCGGAAAAUAAGCUGAGGGAGGACGCACUGCGGAAGGAGUUGCACACGACCCGGUUGGCCCUGAUCAAGCAAGUCUGCAAUCACAACAACGCGGACGCGGACCGCAUCGAUGACAUAGGUUCCCUGCCCGACUCCGUGGGGAGUGCCGGGGACCAUGGCGAGUCCUUGCCCUCGGACAUGUCCUGGGAAGCCGUGGAGGAGCUUGGACCUGCACCCACAUUAUGGGUGCCCGAUCACGCCGUCAGCAGGUGCAUGGGAUGCGGCACCGAAUUCUGGCUCGGCAGACGCAAGCACCACUGCAGAUGUUGCGGCAAGAUCUUCUGCGCAGAUUGCUCGGAGAAUUCGACACCGCUGCCUAGCGAGCAGCUCUACAACCCGGUGAGGGUCUGCAGCGACUGCUUCUCCCGGGUGCACCAUCACACGAGUCCCUGCCAAUGCAACGCCCGCCGUCAGGCCGUCAAGACGGAGACGGAGUUGGAGGUCAGCCCCGAAGUGCCGACGCACGCGUGCCAAAGGAGCGGCAAACUCCUGGGGAUGGCCAAGGACGCAUGCGGGAACAGCAGCAUGCAAAUCGCCCAGCCGAAGCCACCCUCGAUGUCGGCCAGCGCCGUCAACUGAGCGGCACGAUUCGGCCUUCGACCGGGGACUACCUCGGAGAGACUCGAAACCUGAGCCCGACCCGCGCUCCUCGGUGUCGUGGAUUUAUACGUCGUUUCUAUCGUAUGUGCGCACCCCACGAGCAAGGCCGCUUCUCCGAGGCCCGACUUCAACGACGAGGAGCGCGAUCGAGGAGGAGGCGAGCUCGUCGGGAGAGGAGGAAGGUCCUUAAGCGCACCGGCUGGACCCCGGCGAGAUGUUGAAGGGGUUCCAGAUGGAGAGAGCUUUUCGUUUGGUGGAUUUACCGAGACUUUGGAUCUGGUUUCGCAGUCCGGAUCCUCCUUGAUAAGCCUUUGAGGAUCUGGACCGUUGAGGAUGAUUUAGGGAUUUUUUUUUAUUUUUUUUUUGCUGGGAACAUCUGCAUCGGGAAUGAAUUUGGAAAUUCCUGAAAUGUUCUCGAUGAUAAGGAAACCCGAAUCGUUGAGAAGGACGUUGCAAAAAUUCGUUGGGAAUAAAUUUAGGAAUUUCGCGUUAAAGAAGCUUCCAUCGUUCGGAAUGGAUUUUUCAAUGUCUACGUAGGAAAUUGUCCUACUCGGUGAGACGGGACUUGAAGUCUAAAUUCCUCGGUAAAUUCACGUUAAAAAAAAAAAAAAGAAAAAAGAAUACCACGGACCUUCUUCACCCUCUCCGCUGAUAUGCCGGAUGAAACUCGUUGAAUUCAUAUUCGCAGGCAUUGUGAUUGGGGAUCUUGAAUUGUAAUUUAUUUGCCAAUGGGAAAUCGUUAACACGGUAUGCGUGGUUUUAAUUAGUCGUUCUGAAGUGUAACGAGCUGAGGGAUUAUUCGUCGCCAGUCUAGAAAUGAAACAACUGGUCGGGAGGUGAUAUUAGUCUGUGAGAUAAGUUAAACGGUGCAUGCAUAAUUCGUUGGGUAAAUUAUUCUAUUUAUUUUCUCUCGGCGGUCUGAGGAUGGCUCCGCAAGAUGGCGGAUCCUCGAGGCUUGUGUAAAAUAUGAAUUGAGCGAAUUUUGCGCCGGGCCGAUGUGUUUGGUUUAGCGACGCCUGUGACGUACGGAAAACCUCGGUAACUGAUGAAACUUUAAUUAUAAAUCGGUAAUCCGUAAUCUUAUCCGGCGGUACGCGUACGUUACAGGUAUCUUAAAAAGGGGCGAUGUGAGAGUGAGAUCAAAGAAGUCUCGUUUAUGAAAGAUUUCUCCAGACGGUGUGCCGAGUCGAUUAAAACUUUACAAUAUAAAUGCGGAGGAUGUAAGGAAGGUUCCUAAAGCUCAUGGGAUUUCAAUGUUUGAGAAAAAGAAAUUUGUUCAUAUUUUAAAAAAUUUGUUAUAGAGGAGGAGAUUUCCUGAGGGUCGGGACCUUUGUUAUAGCCUCCAUGUUCGCGUCGCAAAGUUUGAAACGAUUUGGCAUGGUGGAGAUGAGUUUCAUGAACGAUCGAAUACUCGGGUGGCACUUUCAUAAGAUCUUAACGCGUUCACAGGAUAUUUUUAGCGAAGAUGUACCUCGAGAUCGAAACAAAUCAAUGUCGUUGAACUUCUGGCCCGCCUCAAACCGAGUUUGGGGACGGGCAGUGUCUAUUUUUUUAUUGUUCACUUGCGGCGAGGAACACGGUCGUUGGGUUCCCGAUUCACGGCACACUCACCAUAAUAUUUAUGGCAGCGGAGCUCGAUAUUAUUUCUCACGGGAGGUGAAGAUAUACCGAGAAGGGAACCGAACACUCAUUGGGAUAUUUAAUUUAAUCGCGCGUUAGAGAGAUUCAAGACCAUUCCCGGUAUAUAUGUAACAUUACUUGAACCUGCCCUCUGUGAAAUUACUAGGUCGUUCGUAUUUCCUUCUUUUAUUUUUUUUUUUCUUCCCUCCACUUCUUUGAAAGUAUUCAAGGCGCGACGGAGUACAUUGCGAGAUCGGAGACUUGUAGAUCUAGGGAACGACGCGAUUUUCAUUAACCUCGACGUAAGAGGGACUCGAGAUACGUUCUAUUAAGAUACACGCGCUUUCGAAUCUUUGUACGAACAUUUGGAUUUAAUCGAUGGAAAGAAAAAAAAAACAUGUAGUUUUUCCCUCUCUGUUGGAUAUGUUGCAUUUAUUGAUCACGUUUAAUAAAAGUUAUCCUCGUUGAA